AUGGCCACCGUGCUGAAGCUCAGGGGUGUGGACAACGUCUAUGUCCUUAUUGGAUUGGAGAGGAACUUUCAAUUCUCCAACAAGAAAGUAGAAUGCCUGCAGCAAUUAUGUGACUUUGUGGAUGAUUUGGACUGGGAGAAAGGAAUCCAGGUGUGGAGGUCAGUUACUGGCUUUGGAGAAUUUGAGAAGCCUGAUGUAAAAGGAGGAGUACGCCAUGAGGUGGAUGUGGCAUGGUAUCAACAAGAUUCAAAGCAAGAAAACAGAGAGAAAGCAAGAGGGAUUAACCUUAUCAAUGCAGACAUUGGUGGGGAAACUCAACUUGAGGUUGCUGUUAUUGAGGAAGAGCCAAAGCACAACUCUGAGGAGGAUAAACAUGAAGAUGAUGAAUCCUGUGAAAAUGUAUCAAUUGAAGUUGAUUUGAAUGGGGUAGCAAAAAAGGUUAAGGAAGAACAUGGGAAUGCCUUGCAGAAUGAAGAUGAAAUUAGUCCAGUUAUGGGCUCAUCUUAUGAACCCAAAGUCCAUGUGAAUUCAUCUCCAUUGAAUGAAAAAUGCAAGAAUGAAACCAUAGUUCAUGAAUCAAGUAUGAACGAAGCUGCAGAGACCAGUGAUAAAAUUCUUUCCUUGUAUCAUGACAGUGCUCAGAAUACCAAUGCUUCCUCAAAUCCAAACUCUCAACCUGAUAUGAAUAAUGGUAACUACAAAUUGUAUGAUGAAAAAUCAGCAGCUGGUGGAAAGGAUUAUGCUUUGGAACUCGUGGAAUUGCUUGUAGAAAGCAUUAUUGAUGAUGGUGGAGUAGAUAGGGGAGAAGGUGUCAAAAUUGACAUAUUGACUGCUUCAACUUGUCCUGAGAAACUGUGUACAGAUGGACCAGCUAAAACCAAGAAUCCAUUUUUUAGGGUCACAUGCUUUCGUGGUAGUUCUGAGCAUCCAUUUGAAUCUCCUGAAGCAGCAGCUGAGUUUGGAGCUGCAAUAGUGAGCAGAUUUGGUUGGCCUGUUAGCAUGAAGCACUAUGACAUGGAAGUGGUACUCACUAUUGAUGGAGUUCUCCACACAUUGGAGACACAGCUCACUGCCUCAGCCACUAAAUGUCAUGCUUGCAAUUUCAAUUUUCCUAUAAUGCUUGAGUUGAAUUUCCCCAGCAAGACAUCAUUCGAUUUCUUCAAUAAGCACCCCAAUUUCCUCACUGAGUGUGUCUAUGUUGGGAUUCGCCUGAGCCCAAGAAGCCUACAUCAGAGAAAUAUAAUGGAGUUUGGGCCAACUACUCUGCGAGCCACUAUUUGCUUCAACAUGCUCUAUUUGGCCAUGGUGAUGCCUGGAGAUAUUGUCUGUGAUCCACUGUGCGGUGGAGGAUCUAUUCCACUUGAGGGUACUCAGGGAUUCCCACAUGCCUGGUAUAUUGCUGGUGACAAUCAUGAGAAGGCAUAUACAAGGACCCUUCAUAAUAUGGCUGCCCUCAGGAAUGAGAAAGGGUUGAAAAUGGACAUGCAUUGUUGGGAUGCAACACAUUUACCCCUUCGAGACUCUCUUGUUGAUGUCUUCAUCACCGACUUGCCUUUUGGGAAACGAAUGGGAACCAGACGUGACAAUCGAGAACUCUACUUCCAUGUCCUCCUGGAGAUGGCUCGUUGUGUGCGUCCCCGUUGGGGACGUGCCAUCAUCCUCACACUAGAUGUUACUUCCCUGUCAAAGGCUCUAGGACAGCUGGGCAUGUAUUGGCUGCGCCCUCGACAAUACAAUAUCAAUAUUGGAGGACUCAAAGGAGUGAUCUCCCAACUUCAGCGUACUUCAAAUGUUUUGUGCACCUAUGCUGAGCACUCCAAUGGCAUGUUGAAAAAAUUCACAAAUGAAAACUCUUCAGUGACAGCCAAACAGAGUGCUGUUGCAACUAGUUCACUUGCAGUGAAUUCUCAGGAAUCUGUUGAGUCAAAUGCAUCUCUGCAUGUUGUAAAAGCUUUGACCAUUGGAGAUUCUGAAGGCACAUCUGAAAAUCUUUCUACUGCAACUACUCCCUUGCAGUUGGAUCCUGAAUCUCAUGAAGCGAAGACGUCUUUCACUCCUGCAGUUCCCUCUUUUCAUAUGCCUGUAGAAAAGGAUGAUCCUGCAUUGAUGAUCCAAGUAGAUGCUGGCAAAAUGAUGGAAGAUAUUUGCAAAUUGGAGACUCUUCCACAUGAAAAGAAAUUAUCUGGUCCUGAUUCAAGUCCUGAAAUGUCUAUAGCACAGGGCAAACUAGCUGCUAUGAGACCUAGGUGCUGUAUGGAUGCCACCCUCUUCAAUGAUGCAUUUGCACCAAAUGACUUUGAGUUCUUUGUCAACCAUAAAGAUGCAUUUCUACAGAUGUGGAAGGAUCAGGGGCAGAAAUUCUGGGUUCGUCUGAUGUUGGCUCAUCGUUCAUAUGUCCUCAGUCUCCUCUUCAAGGAUGACCCAGAAAGUGAGAGAGCACGAAAAACAGAGAAGCAGAUCCAAUAUAUGUUUGAGAGGGGAUAUAUCCAAUUGUAUCGACACAUCAUGGAAGAAAAGAGCAAACAACCCAAGACUUUCCUUGAGCACCUGGCCACACUAACCCAGAAUCGAUCACUCCUCAUGAAUGUUUAUAAGGAAGGCUCUAAAGGUGUGGAGGAGGAAUCACUUCAGUGGCUGAUGAAGGCUCGCCUUUGUCAAUGUGAAGGAUGUGUAGACCUACCUCCUGAAGACUGCAAAUGUACAGACUGUGUUGGUCCAAAUGGUCAGACAUUGAGAAACACUGAACAUGGAGAUCGAUUCAACAUGGUCUACCAUUUUCCCUCUUUGCUGCCACCCCAAUCUAAAUCUGAAUCUCACAGUGCAUACUUUCGAGUAUGCCUUAAUAAGCUGGAUGCAAAAUGGAAGGAUGUGGAUGAUUCCAAGUAUGACUGUGAUCUUCCUUACCGAAUCCAGGAAGAGAUUGAGGAAAUGUAUGAAGCAGAUUGCAUUAUUGGUCAAUACUUAGAGAACAUUUAUGAAGAUAUCCAGAGACUCAAGGAAACCCUCCUUCUUAUGCAGGUUGAGGGAUGGCUACAUUCUGAAAGCCCUGGGGUAGUGAACUUGUAUAAGAAAGCUACCAAGAUAUUCUUCAACCAAUGCAACACCUUAAAUGAACAUCUCCACAAUGCUCAAGCUCUAAUGCUUGACUUCAAUAUCCGAGUGCAUCUGUUGGAGGACUACUGGAGGAAUCGUUCAGCAUCAGGAAAGAAACGAAAAGGUAAAAAGAAAAUGUCUUUGCCAGAGGACUCCUUCCCAACUGAAGACGUCACUGCUGACGAGUUCCUGGCAUGGACGCGUCCACUUCGUGUGCUCCUCAAGGAAGCAGUGAAAGACCCAAUCAAGAAGGAGAAACUGAUUGCAUGCACCAAGCGACUUGCAGAGGCCACUUGCUUGGAUUUGUUUCCUGAUGACACUCUUGGUGAUAGAAUAUAUGAACAUAGCUUUCUGAUAAAGGUGCGAGAAGCACUGGAGACCACAUGUUUCAAGGAUUAUUACAGGAAGAAAAUUGCAGAAGAUUUUAAGGCAAAUACGUUGAAAAUCUUGAAUGGAUUGGUUCCUAUCAUUGCCCCACACCUUGGUGAGUCAAGUCAGUUUCAAGUUCCCUGAGCUCAUAGUUUAUGAAA